AUGGUGGCUGAUAUGAGAAGCACGGCUAAGAAAGAGAAGUUGAAUGAUAGGGAAGAGUUUCGUAAUAAGAGGGCCAAUACUACAGGUCAUGAGUCUGGACAACAGAAGACUGGAAAUGUUAACCGAUCAUCUUUUCAGCAAAAGCUAACUAGUCCUGCCCCAUCGUCAUCUAGUGCACCUGCACCAAAGAAUAAAGUUACAACAAUGAAAGGAGUUAUUUCCUCUUAUGAUUCUGAAGAUUCAAUCCUGAGAAGAGCAAGAAUGUACCAAGAGUACAUGAAUGUGGUCCCUAUGCCCACACAAAGUGGCUUUGUUAUCCCUUUCACCUCAUGGGUUGGAUUUGCUGCAUCCAUGAAGGAGUUCUAUGGGCAACCCCUACAUUACCUGACAGAUGUCCAGAUGAAGAAGUUUGAUCAAAUGAGGCUUGGUGCUGCUAAUGAAGAUGUUCCAUUAGAUACCAUCAUCGAUCCGGGAAAAGCUGAAGCCAUCAUCUGGAUUAUUGAAGAAGUUCACAGGUGUACAUCAUCUCAUCAUUACAUUGCUAGACUUUGGCAUACUGAUACAAUGUAUCAUCGCCAUGUUGAUGCAAUUUUGCUUGAGCUGCCGAAUUCAUCAAAAUAG